AUCAACCCAUCCAUAGAACCUCUCAUGUAUAUUACUUAACAUUAACAACAUUCUCACGAAACUAUAACCGUGAAGCUCCCUAUUGAGAAAAUGGCUACUCAACAACCUGCAGCAGCAAUUCCAAAUCUGAGAGACAAGCUUCCUAAGCUCGAACCCCGCCGUCGCCGACCUGCACCUUCAAAUCCCCUUCCAUUACCAGAAACGCCCGUUCUACCACCGCCGCCGGACACUUCAUCUUAUUCAUUCAAGGUUCCUGGUCGACGUAUCCUAUCCAUCCAUGACCAUCAGCUAUUUCUCUCGUCGCCAUCACACAAUCUUAUUGUCGCAUUUGUCUUUGGCCUCUCAGACGCCGUGAUAGAUACUCCAGUGUCCGCCGUCAAAGACGACGACUGUAGUCCUGCCGUAAAGUCUAUUCUUGGAAUCCUUGAUAAGACAGAAGCUCUAGUUCUAGCCACGCCUCCUGACGACGCAGAAGGCUCGAGGUUUGGGAACAAGGUUUUCCGCACCUUUCUUGACAAGGAGAAAGCCGCAAGCUCUUCUUGGCACGAGGAGCUUGGUUUGACAUCUAAAGAUGCUAUCUCGGAGGUUGAAACAUAUCUCAAUAACUCACUAGGCAAUCGGACUCGAAUAGACUAUGGCUCAGGUCACGAGCUAAAUUUCAUGAUAUGGCUCCUAUGUUUAUACCAACUCCAGAUUGUGAAGAAAUCCGACUUUAAGGCAUUAGUCUUAAAAGUCUUCAUCCGCUAUCUACAGCUUAUGCAAACGAUUCAGUCGACAUAUUAUCUUGAACCAGCUGGUUCUCACGGUGUCUGGGGUUUGGACGACUACCAAUUCCUACCGUUUCUAUUUGGGGCCAGCCAACUUCUCCACCAUCCCUUUAUCACACCAUUGGCAAUCCACCAAGAGUUAACCCUCGAAGAGUUUGGUCACGAUUAUAUGUAUUUAGGGCAGGUCAACUUCGUCAACAGCACCAAAACGGUUAAAGGUUUACGAUGGCAUAGCCCGAUGCUAGACGAUAUAUCUUCAGCGAAGAGCUGGACUAAGAUCGAAGGCGGAAUGAAAAGGAUGUUUGUGGCAGAGGUCCUACGAAAGUUGCCGGUGAUGCAGCAUUUCCUUUUCGGCUCACUAGUGCCGGCCGUAGAGGGUAUGAGCAGCGAGUCUGAAGCAGGUAUAGCAGGCGAAGAGGAUGAAACCGAAGGGGGAGGUGUCAUUAUUGACCAUGAUGGAAUGAAGCAUGUACAUAAUGCUAAUAGCUGGGGUGAUUGUUGCGGUAUCAAGGUGCCUAGCGCAAUUGCAGCAGCCCAAGCGAUGAGAAAAAAUGGUGCUGGGGAGCUACGCCGGAUACCGUUUGAUUGAGUAUACUUAGAUUGAAGGCUAUCGGGUUUAGAUAUUUGAUAAAUGAACAAAACAAUAAC